AUGUCUGCGUCUCCUGAAGAGUUUAGGAGAGUGUCAAUGUACAAAAUUGCUAAAGAUGUAUGGGACAUUCUAGAGACAACGCAUGAGGGAACUAGAACUGUGAAAAAUUCUAAGUUGCAAAUGUUGGCCUCAAGGUUUGAAGAAAUUAAGAUGAAGGAUGAUGAGUCUUUUGAUCAGUUCUAUGCCAAAUUGAAUGACAUUGUUAACUCUAGUUUCAACCUAGGUGAGAGGAUUCUCGAGUCCAAAUUUGUGAGGAAGGUUCUUAGGUCUUUGCCUGAGAGAUUUAGACCUAAAGUCACAGUUAUUGAAGAAAGUAAGGACCUGGACACAGUUAAGAUAGAAGAACUCGUAAGAUCCCUUCAAACCUAUGAACUCACCAUUUCACAACCGAGGAAAAAGAAGUCCAUAGCCUUGAACACCGUUAGGGAAGAGGAGUUUAAGUCAUCUGACGUGGAAACUCUUAGAGAUGAGGAGAUUGCCUACUUUGUAAAAAAAUUUCAGAAAGCCUUAAAGGGCAAGAAAUGGCCCCAAGACAAAAAGAGAGGAGCCCCUAGUAAAUUCCUAAGAAAGAAGAAUGAUAAAUCAACUGCUCGGAAUCCUGGUAAGAAAUCUCAAGUGGUUAGGUGUCAUGAGUGUGAGAGAUUUGAGCACUAUAGGAAUGAGUGUCCUAGCUUUAAGAAAAAUCUAAAGAAGGGAAGGAGCAAGACAUUAGCUGUGUCCUUGACUGAUGACGAUUCUAACUCAAGUGAUCAAAGUGAUUCCUUAAGCAGUGGAGAGGAAAAGGGCUAUAUGGCUUUUGUAUCUACUGUCAAGAGUGAGUCAAAUAAGGAGAGUGAGAAGGUUGAGGAGGAGGUAGAGAGUAACAAGUCCCGUGAUGAUUCUGAGGAUGAGACGGAUAUACAUGAGGCUUAUCAACUUCUGUUUAAGGAAAGUCUCAAGAUCAAAAAGGUAAAUAAAGCCCUAUUUAAGAAGGUAGACGAGCUUGAGAGAGAGAAUGAGAAAAUCACUAAUGAUCUUCAAGUCUCAUCUAAAAAUCUCAGUGAGUUGAAGUGUAUCAAUGAGAAAUUAGAAGACAGGGUUAAGACACUAACUAAUGAGUUAGAGAAAUCUAGUACUCAACUGCAGUCGUUUAUGAGUGGAACAAAGAAACUAGACGAUCUAUUAGGAAUGAACAAACCAGCUGGAAAUAGGCAAGGUCUAGAAUUUGUGAAGAGUGAUGGCAAUGUGUCUAGUUCAUCCAAGACCACAUUUGUCCCCGCUUCCAACAGGUCUAAUGUUUCAACCAAUCCAGAAUCCAAAGGCAAGGAUGAUCAACACUCGCGUGCAUCUGAACCUAGGUUCAUACCCACUUGUCAUCACUGCGAUGCUUUAGGUCACACGAGACCUAGGUGUCGAAAGCUAGUAAAUAGGAAUAGAAGUCAGGAUAUCCCUAGUCAAGUAAACUUCCUUUCAAAUCAGGUUAGUCACUUAACUGAGAUGCGUAUAAGGCUCAAAAUACAUGCAUGUGGUAUCUUGAUAGUGCUUGUUCUAGACACGUGUGGUAACAAGGCCUUAUUUUCUACCUUUGAUGACUGCAACGGUAGUGUAGUUACCUUUGGGGAUGGAGCUACAGAACCCAUUCGAGAGGGUCUUAAGUCUAACUUGUUGAGCAUUAGUCAAAUCUGUGAUGCGAGCUAUGGAGUGAGUUUUGUCCAAAAGAGAUGCACUGCUUAUGACCCUUCAGGUAGUGUUGUUCUUAAAGGUGUUAGAACAUCUGAUAACUAUUAUGGAGUUCUCCCAAACUCGAACUAUGUGUGCAGUAGUGAUAAAAUUGAUAUGUCUGAACUUUGGUAUCAAAGGCUCGAUCAUGUUAAUUACAGAAGUCUGUCUAAAUUGGUCAAAAACCUAAAAUUGAUCAAAGUGAAAAUGAUGUGUGCAGCCGUGUCAACAAGGAAAGCAACUCAAGAUAAACCAUAA